AUGAAGCAGAAGAGGAAAGACGUUAGCCAUGCAGAGCUGAUGAUGAUGACGAUAGCUGACAUCAUAAAGCAAUUAAUUGACGCUCACGAGCAGGGAAAAGAUGUGAAUCUGAACAAACUGAAAACCAAGACAUCAGCCAAGUAUGGACUUUCAGCGCAGCCGCGUUUGGUUGACAUCAUCGCUGCUGUUCCACCACAGUACCGCAAGGUGCUGGUCCCAAAGCUGAAGGCCAAACCUAUAAGAACUGCUAGCGGGAUUGCUGUCGUGGCUGUGAUGUGUAAACCACACAGGUGUCCACACAUUAACUUCACAGGCAACAUCUGUGUAUACUGCCCAGGUGGACCCGAUUCUGAUUUUGAGUACUCAACGCAGUCUUACACUGGAUAUGAGCCAACGUCCAUGAGGGCCAUUCGGGCGAGGUAUGACCCCUAUCUCCAGACAAGACAUAGAGUGGAACAGCUGAAGCAGUUGGGCCACAGCGUGGAUAAAGUAGAGUUCAUUGUGAUGGGUGGAACGUUCAUGGCCCUGCCUGAAGACUACAGAGAUUACUUCAUCAGAAACCUUCACGAUGCCUUAUCAGGUCACACUUCCAAUAAUGUAGCAGAGGCCGUCAGGUACUCAGAACGAAGCCUGACAAAAUGCAUUGGGAUAACGAUAGAGACCAGACCAGAUUACUGCCUGAAGCGGCAUUUAAGUGACAUGUUAUCCUAUGGCUGUACGAGGCUGGAGAUCGGAGUGCAGAGCGUGUACGAGGACGUGGCCAGGGACACCAACAGAGGUCACACCGUGAAGGCUGUGUGCGAGUCCUUUCACUUAGCCAAGGACGCCGGGUUUAAAGUGGUGGCGCACAUGAUGCCUGAUCUACCAAACAUGGGGCUUGAAAGGGACAUGGACCAGUUUGUUGAGUUUUUUGAGAAUCCUGCUUUUCGCCCAGACGGCAUGAAGCUCUAUCCGACGCUGGUGAUCCGUGGCACUGGUCUGUACGAGCUCUGGAAGACUGGAAGAUACAAGAGCUACCCCCCCAGCACUCUGGUGGAUCUGGUGGCCAGAAUCCUGGCCCUUGUCCCACCAUGGACACGUGUGUACCGUGUUCAAAGAGAUAUCCCAAUGCCACUGGUCAGCUCUGGAGUGGAGCACGGGAACCUGAGAGAGCUUGCCUUGGCCAGGAUGAAAGAUCUUGGGACACAGUGUCGCGAUGUAAGGACGAGAGAGGUUGGAAUUCAAGAAAUUCACCAUAAAGUGAGACCGUAUCAGAUUGAAUUAGUUAGAAGAGAUUAUGUGGCUAAUGGUGGCUGGGAGACCUUCCUGUCCUAUGAAGACCCAGAGCAGGAUAUUCUCGUUGGCCUUCUACGACUGCGGAAGUGUUCGGAGGAGUCAUUCAGACCUGAGCUGAAAGGAGGCGUUUCCAUUGUCCGGGAACUGCACGUGUAUGGGAGCGUGGUCCCCGUGAGCAGUCGGGAUCCUUCAAAGUUUCAACACCAGGGAUUUGGUAUGUUACUAAUGGAGGAGGCAGAAAGAAUAGCCAAGGAGGAGCACGGGUCAUGGAAAAUUGCUGUAAUUUCAGGCGUUGGCACAAGGAACUACUACAGGAAGAUCGGCUACGAGCUGGAAGGGCCUUACAUGGUGAAAAAGCUGGACUGA